CUCCGUCCCCUCCGCCGCCCCCCUCGCCUCCCUGUCGGAAUCAAUCAAUCCCCCAUCCCCGAUGGCGCAAGGCUGCCCCUCGGCCCCCGCCGCCUCCACGACUCCCCCGGGCACGCCCCGGGGCCCCGCGCCGCCCCCGCCCUCCUCCUCCACCGGGGCGGUCGGGUUCCACUACGCGGUGGAGCUCUACUUCGACCCGGCGCUGGAGAACCAGGUGCUCAAGGCGUGGAACGCGCUGGCGCGGCGGCACCUCGGCACCCGCCUCAUCGACGCCGCCGCCCGCCCGCACCUCCCGCUGCUCCACCUCCCCGCCGCCGCGCUCCCGCCGCCAGGGACCGGCGCCGCCGGGGACCCGCUCCUCCGCCUCGGGCCCUCGCUCCGGGCGCUCGCGUCCCGCCUCGACCCGCUCCCGCUCGCGCUCUCCUCGCUCGCCGCGCUCCCGGCCUCCGCCGCCGCCUCCCCGAACGACAACGUGCUCUUCCUCGCGCCCACGCCCUCCGCCGCGCUGCUGGGCCUCCACGCCCAGCUCUGCGAGCUGCUGCGGAAGGACGCCGGCGUCGAGGUCCCCGACGCGUUCCGCCCGGACCACUGGGUCCCGCGGUGCGCCGUCGCCGUCGACGUGCCCCGCGGCCGCAUGGCCGAGGCCUUCUGCGUGCUCCGAGAGCUCAAGCUGCUCCCCGUCUCCGGGUACGGGAUGGACAUCGCGCUCGUCGAGGUCGGCAACGCGGUUAGGGAGCUCGUGUCCUACCCGCUCGGCGGCAGUGGUGGAGCUGGAGCCGACUGAGAGGUGCUGAUGUAUUUUGUACAAUAUCUACAACAUCAUGGAUGGACAAUCAUAUUUAACAAGGACGGCAUAGUGAUAAUGUGGCAUUUGCUCGUCCAAUUUGCCUUCUUCGGAGGAACUACAUUUAAAAGAAGGCUAGAACAUACUGUAUCCUAACACAUACAGUAUUUUGUUUGAUCAUUUCUUUAAUCUUUUGGUUGAUAAUGUAUUUGAUGUUCCUCCAUUGUAGACACUUCACAUAGUGUAUCGCAUGUCUUGAUGUUUACUGUAACGAAUGUUGUUAGUUAUUGUGUUCGUGUGCCCUGAACCA